GGGUUGACAAUCAUCUGUCCCUUUGAAUAACUUCAUCGAAUAAUGCCAGCAACCAAUACACAAAUAUACCUUCAAACUAGAUUGUGUACAAGAUAUGUGCCAGCUAAAUUAUAUAAGCAUGCAACAAGGCAUUAUGCAACUGCUCGUCAUACAUCGUCUGUCAAUUUUGCUGCAAUCGAAAGCAAGUGGAGAGAUCGAUGGCAACAGAAAAACGACCUUGCUAAAUCUCAACUAAUUGAGUCCCACUCCAGUAAACCAAAUUUCUACGCCCUAUCCAUGUUUCCAUAUCCGAGCGGUAUGCUUCACAUGGGGCAUGUGAGAGUCUACACUAUUAGUGACUCAAUUCAGCGUGCUCGCAAAAUGAUGGGAUAUAAUGUGAUACAUCCAAUGGGUUGGGACGCGUUUGGCUUGCCGGCUGAAAAUGCUGCUAUUGAGAGAGGAAUACACCCAGCAGUUUGGACAACGAAGAAUAUUGCAGCUAUGAAAGAACAAAUGGCGAAAUUAUGUAUUGACUUUGACUGGUCUAGAGAAGUGACGACAUGUGCUCCUGAUUAUUACAAAUGGACGCAGUAUAUAUUUUUGGAAUUGUAUAAUGCUGGAUUAGCAUAUCAGAAAGAGGCUGUCGUUAAUUGGGAUCCUGUCGAUAAGACCGUUUUAGCCAAUGAACAAGUGGAUCACGAAGGGAAAUCAUGGCGGUCAGGAGCACUUGUUGAGAGAAAAAAGCUAAAACAAUGGUUUUUCAAAGUAACAGAAUUUGCUGAUGAACUUUUGAAAGAUAUCGAGAAAUUAGAUAACUGGCCUGAGAGAGUAAAGCAGAUGCAACGUAACUGGAUCGGAAAAUCGAUAGGUGCAGAGUUCGAUUUUCAAAUUAACUCAGCUUCUGCGAUUCAAUCUUUGAAAGUUUUCACUAGUAGACCUGACACUAUCUAUGGCGUCCAAUACUUAGUAGUUGCACCAGAGCACCCCCUUAUAACAAGAGAGAAUCUGCCGGAGAAACAGUCUGAUGCUGUUCUAAACUUCGUCAAAGAAUUGAAUAAAAAGCAAAAUAUGGAUGCAGCAGAGCAAAGCAAGCAAGGAGCUUUCACUGGACUCUACGCUGAGAAUCCUUUUACAAAGGAAAAUAUACCCAUAUAUGUUGCACCUUACGUGCUUUCAGACUACGGCACUGGAGCCGUCAUGGGAGUACCAGCACAUGAUAAACGUGAUUUUGAGUUUUGUAAAAUAAACAAAAUAGUAGACAACGUUAAAUUUGUGGUUGAGCCUGCCAUCAAGGAGAUGAACGAACCAAUAGAUCAUACCACAGCAUAUACAGCAGAAGGAAUUUUGAAUGAAUUAUCAGGCCCUUAUGCAGGAUUGAAGUCUGAAGAAGCCAGCAAAGCUAUUAUUCAGGAGGCGACCAAGCUAGGAUUUGGUCGUCAGGCAGUUCAAUAUCGAUUAAGAGAUUGGCUACUAUCUAGACAGAGAUACUGGGGUGCACCUAUACCUAUUAUCCAUUGCCCAACUUGUAAGGCGGUUCCUGUGCCCAAGGAAGAGCUCCCAGUUUUAUUGCCGUUGGAAGUUGAAUUUACUGGCAAAGGGAUGUCACCAUUGGCAAAUAAAGAGAAUUGGGUGAACUGCACCUGCCCAAAAUGUCAAGGUCCUGCAAAGCGUGAGACAGAUACUAUGGACACAUUUGUAGACUCUUCGUGGUACUUUAUGCGCUAUACAGAUCCUACAAACGCGUUAUUACCAUUUGAUUCCGAAAAAGCUUCUGCAUUAUUGCCCGUGGAUAUCUAUAUUGGUGGCGUAGAACAUGCUAUACUCCAUUUGCUAUAUUCCCGCUUUAUUUCAAAAGCACUCCUUAAACAAGGUCUUUUCAACGAGCGUGAAAAUAGCAAACCCGGGAACGGAGAACCAUUCAAUACGUUAUUAACACAAGGGAUGGUACAUGGAAAAACUUUUAAAGAUCCAAAUACUCAAAGAUUCCUUAAACCUGAGGAGGUUGACGUAUCAGACCCUGCAGCUCCAAAAAUAAUUGCGACAGGAGACACACCUUUGAUAAGUUUUGAAAAAAUGUCAAAGAGUAAAUACAACGGAAUUGAUCCUAGCACUGUCAUAGAAAAAUGUGGCGUUGACCCCACACGAUUGCAUAUAUUGUAUAAAGCACCCCCUUCCGAAGUACUCGAAUGGGAAGAUUCUAGUAUAAUUGGGAUGCAAAGAUGGCUUGCUAAAGUACUCAAACUAUCACAAAAUUUGCCUAAACCUGCAUGUACAUUACCUUCCACAAUAAAUCAGAUUACCAAGGAAGAAAAAGAAAUGUAUCGAUUCACUCAUCAAACAAUCAAGCAGGUGACAGAAGCCAUGACAUCAACAUACUCCUUCAAUACCGCAAUUUCCGAUCUCAUCAAGCUAUCGAAUCAUAUCAGUUCCGCAAAAGUAAAACCAGAUUCCUCAGUAUAUCAUUUUGCUCUAACAUCGCUGAUAAAAAUGAUGGCACCCAUGGCACCAUCUACCAGUGAAGAAUGCUGGGAAUCUAUUUCUACAAAAACAAACUGUCAAAGUAGCAUAUUUGAGCAAACAUGGCCCAUCGUUGAUCCUCAAGCACUGGAGACUGAUGAGAUAAAAUGCAUCAUUCAGGUAAAAGGACGGGAAUAGCUGCUUUUAUUCGUUACAAAUGUUCUUGACAUUUUUUAUGACUUUUAAAAUGUUUAUCAAAGGUCAAUGGGAAAACAAGAAUGACUAUAAUGAUGCCAAAAGAUUUGGCGGAAAAUUCGGAGGAAAUUGAAAGACGUUUCCGAGAUUCAGAAACUGGGCGUAAAUGGCUCGGUGCUAAACCUCUCAAGAGAUUGAUUAUUGCAAAGAAAGGCGAACUUGCAAAUUUCGUAGUAUAGGAAUUUAUGUACCUUUUUUUUAUUGUAUUUUUAAUAAUGCAUACUAUUAUAACAC